UUCAACUAAUUAAAGGUUAUAAUUUCAAAUUUUUAAAAUGUACAUAAACAAAUAAUUUAGCUAUGAAUUUGCCAAGAUAUGAAUUUUGUGAGGAAAAUAAAUCUCUUUUACAAGCUUUUAUAGAAAAAGCUCACCAGUGCAAAUUCAAUAUGCAUUGCGAUCAUAAAGAAUAUAACAGAUUAUCCAAAAUUCUUCCUUUGAAUUCCAUUUUAGAAAAAUAUGGCGAAGCUAAGGAAGUUAUUACUAUAAGUGAUAGUGACGAAGAUUGCAUAAAUGAUAAUGAGAUAACUAGUUUACAUAAGACAAUAAAUGAAAUUUUGAGACCAUUGAAUGAGACUGUUGCAGAUGAUAUAACUUACGCAAUAAAAGAAAUUUUGGAAACUGAAAAACGUCUAAAUACAUCUGUGAUAUCAGAUCUACAUAGCUCAAAGCUAAACCUGGACAAUAUAUUUCAACAACUUUUUAAGGAAUUAAGUUAUGAAUCAAUCAUAGAUUUUGGUGAAUCACUAAGAUCCAAUGUUAUUACCAAUCAUAACAUUAUUGUAGUAUAUGUUAAAUAUUUAUUAUUACCACAACUAGAAUUAGAAUAUUCAGAUAGCUCCCAAGACAAUCUAAAUGAAUUCUGCAAUAAAUAUCCAGAUAUUGUAUCAGAGAGACUUUCUGAUCAUUUGCUCAUUUGUGAUGAUAAAUAUUCUAGAGUUAUACUACAGUUUGUGGAUGGCCUUUCAGAACAAUUUAAGGUGAAACUGUUUAAGAAUCUAGUAAUAAAUUGCAAACAUCUCGAAGACAAUCAUAUAACUCUAUUUGAUACUUUACAAGGAGAACAAGUUGAUAAUGACACACUAAAUAAAUUGGUAGAAAUAAUGUCAAAAUCUGCUGAUAAACAUAGUACAAAUAAAACUUUUGGAAAAUUUUUAUUGAAGAUCAUUCAGCUAGUAGGAAAAAACAUUUCAACAUUUGAGAAACCUCUAAACCACAUUAUCGGAACACACCGAUCGAUUUGGAAAGGAAAAAUACAAAAGACUUAUGAUGAAUUGUUACAAGACAGUUUCUUGAUGUCACAAUCUUUGAGAUAUUAA